CGGACGCCAGAUCUUCAGGGAACCGACAUGGACCUGCGGAAGCGGCAACUGCGGCCAGACAGUCGCGAGAGAAGGCCUGCGCCGUCCCCGCGUGACCCGAAUGUCAAGGUUCGCUUCCGUACGUCACUCCACAACACGGUGUGUGACGUCAUGUCGAGUUUGGACGGGUGGGGAGAGACCGAUAGCGAAAUGGAUUGGGACUUGCAUUGGGCCGACGUGGGUUGGAUCCGAGAGUACUAUGAUUUGGUACAACCCAAGUUGCACGAGCACCAGCGCCUGAAUCACUUCAAGAACCAUUACGAGUUGACGCGGAAGGAUCUGCUCAUCAAGAACUUGAAGCGCAUGAAGAAGCAACAAGCCAAAACGGAGGUCGGCGUCGCCGCCGCCGACUUUUGGAGUUUGACGUUUGUGCUGCCGAUGGAGUACGGGAUGUUCCUGGAAGAGUUCAAGAGGUACCCCGGCGCCAUGUGGAUCAUGAAGCCGAUCGGAAAGGCCCAAGGAAAAGGCAUCUUUUUGUUUGAAAAGCUCAGCCAGAUCAGCGACUGGAAAAAAGACCACACGUGGAAGUCGGACGGGCUGCAGGCCAAGACCUCCGACACGUACAUUGUGCAAAAGUACAUUCAGAAUCCCUACACCAUCGGCGGCAAGAAGUUCGAUCUGAGGCUGUACGUCCUCGUGACGUCGUUCUCGCCGCUGGUCGUGUGGAUGUACCGCGCAGGCUUUGGACGGUUCUCAAACGCCCGGUACUCGCAAGCCAAGGCCGACAUGGAUAAUUUGUACAUGCAUUUGACGAAUGCGUCCGUGCAAAAGACUGCGCACGACUACGACAAGAGCAUGGGGUCCAAGUGGCCACUCGACUCGAUCAAGCAGUUUUUGGUCUCCAAGCAUGGCGUGCGCGCCGUCGACAGCCUCUUUUACGACAUUCAGAGCGUCAUCACCAAAUCGCUCGUGGCCGUCCAGCCCAUUCUCAUUCAGGACAAACACUGUUUUGAACUGUACGGGAGGUACUGGCAAUCGCAUGGCGAGCGUCACUCGAGUGGCCAGCAUGGUUUGCAGCCAUGUGGCUGACUUGCCUUCGCGACGCAGACACGAACGAGGACUACGGGUUGAAGUGGAACUUAGUCGCGCACACGAUGCAGGUCGUGGACAUGCUGAAAACUCGAACGGGCGCGGAGCGACACGUGGGUGGAUUUGACUUGAUUUGGGACGGUGGCCCGCUCCAAGACGCCCACCCCGAUGGGUACUUGACGUACUUGGGCUGCGCAUUCGACCGAUUGCCGCACAAACGGCCAGCCAAGGCAUGAAUCGUGGAGAAGAAAGACGUCAGAUAGUCCGAUGCUUGCGAUAUUCGGUUUGGGCUGUCUUGUCGAGUUGUCGUGGCGCUGCUUUUGUCUUAAGACAACUUUUGUGGGAACGCCGUCGUCCCUUCCACCAAAAGCGGUGUCCCUUGGUGCUGACGCGGUUG